ACAAUACCAACAAUAUAUAUCACAAUUCAUCAACAAAAAUUCUUUUACAAAUUUAACACAGAACCCUACACCACAAUAUCAAAAGGAAAUCCAAAAAAUAACCCAAAAAUGUAAAAACAUUUUUAACCCCCCAAAAACUCAAUAUUAUAAUUACAGCGCGACUUCACCCACAAUUACAGGACUCAUAAAAUUACACAAAAAUCCCUAUUCUAUUAGACCAUUAAUAAACUGGACAUCAGCUCCUGCAUACAAAAUUUCAUCAAAAACAGCCACUCUCUUAAAAGAAUACUGCAAUUUACCAAAUACAUUCAACAUAAAAAAUUCUAUAAAUUUAAUUAACGAACUUAAUGAACUCAAUCUCAAUAGAAAGUUACAUAUGUGUUCAUUCGAUAUUACAAACAUGUACACUAAUAUCCCUACAGAUAUAUUACAAGAUAUCAUCCACAAUAUACUAAAUAAACAAAACCUCGAUACACAAAUAAUAAACGAAAUUAAAAUAAUAACAAAUCUUAUUAUUAAUCAAAAUUAUUUUCAAUUUAAUGACAAAUACUGGCAACAAAAUACUGGACUACCUAUGGGUGCCCCCACGUCUAGCAUAUUAUCUGAAAUAUUCCUCCAAUACUUAGAACAUAAUAAUAUAAUAAACAUUUUAAAUAAAAACCAUAUCCAAUACUAUAGCAGAUACGUAGAUGACAUAUUAAUAAUUUACAAUACGGAAAAGACAAAUAUUCAACAAGUACUUAACGAAUUUAACAACAUAAAUCAAAAUAUUCAAUUUACAAUAGAACUGGAACAAAACAAUACAAUAAACUACCUAGAUUUAACUAUAAUUAGAAAAACAAAAAGAUUUGAAUUCAAAAUUUAUAGAAAACCAACUACAACAAGCACCAUAAUACAUGCCUCUUCUUGCCACCCUUUCGAACAUAAACAAAUGUCCAUCAAUUACUUACUAAACAGAAAAAACCUAUAUCCAAUAUCUACAAAAAACAAACAAAUAGAAUUAAACAUCAUCCAACAAAUUCUCAAUGAAAACGGAUAUAAUAAUCACAAAAUAAAUAUAAAACCUAAUAAAACAACAAAACCUAACGAAAAUGAAAACAUACAAGAUAAAUGGGCCACUUUUACAUACAUAGGUAAGGAAACCAAAUUCAUAACAAAACUAUUUAAAGAAAACAAAAUAAAAAUCGCUUUCAAAACAAAAAACACAAUAAAAAACCUCCUCAAACAAAAACCACCAAUAAACAUAAACAAUCAAUAUAACUUACCGGGUAUUUACAAAUUAAAAUGUAAAGACUGUCCUUUAACAUAUAUAGGACAAACUGGCCGCACUUUCACACAUAGAUACAAAGAACAUAUUGCAGCCAUAAGACACAAUAAAGACAGUUCUGCAUACGCAAAACAUAUUCUAAAUACAGGACAUGCAUAUAAUACAAUAAACGAAACAAUGGACAUAUUAAAAAUAGUACAAAACAAAAACCAUAGGAAUACAAUAGAAAAAUAUUACAUACAACAAACAUAUAAACAAAACAUUUGUCUAAAUGACAAUAACAUAUUCCUUAAUAACCCCAUCUUCAAUGCACUACAGAUCAUUAACCCCAACCCCGACAGCCACCUUUCACUUACUCCUUCCACAAGCAACCACAGUCAGUAUUGACCCACACCUAUACGAUGACAGUCGUACUUCUGGACAUAUCGGAACAUACAAUCAAUCCUACAUCUAAGACCGAUAUGUACAUCUGAUUAAAUUUAAGAAAAGAC